CUCUCACUCAGGGUCUUCUCUUUAUUUUCUCGCCUUUAAUCCGCUCUCUCUCUCUUUCUCACUGUUUUUUUAUGUCUCUGUUAUGAUGACCAUAUAUUAUAAUCUAAUUUCCGAAAAAACAGAAGACAGAUGUAUUUAAGAUAGAAAACCCUUGCAUUUAAGGCUGAGUUUUCCUGGUAGUUACUAGUUACACUAGGUUAGUGCUUGGGAAUAUAAAAUGAAGGAGAGUGGUAGAAAACAAGGUGCAGCAUCCCCAUGCGCAGCAUGCAAGCUUCUUCGGAGGAGGUGUGCUCAGGACUGCGUGUUUGCUCCUUAUUUCCCAGCUGAUGAGCCUCAAAAGUUUGCCAGUGUGCAUAAGGUCUUUGGUGCUAGCAAUGUUAACAAGAUGUUACAGGAGUUGCCGGAACACCAACGAGGAGACGCUGUAAGUUCCAUGGUGUACGAGGCAAAUGCCCGGGUGAGGGACCCAGUGUACGGUUGUGUUGGAGCUAUAUCAUCACUGCAGCAACAGAUCGACGUUCUUCAAGCCCAGUUGGCACUUGCACAAGCUGAAGUGGUGCACAUGAGAAUGCGCCAAUUCUCGUCCACAGCCACCAACUCGCCGGAAAACGCCUCACCCUCAUCCAAGCACAUAACACAGUCUCAGACCAGGUCCCUUUUUACCAUGGACAUGGAGGCCAAUCUUGGGGAGUCCUUGUGGUCAUGCUAGGCUACACUAGCCUGCCUUCUCUUUUCUAAUAUUACUAUCAUGGGUUUUCUUUAUUGUCUGCCUCUUUUUUGCUUUCU